AAACAGGCGGAUUUUUCAACUGUAGAGGAUUUUAACUUUGUGUAGCGGCUGUUUGUCGGAAGAGAGCCACGCGAGGAUAACUGAAAGGACAGAAAGAGGAGGCUUCCUCGUCGUUAUUUUAGGAGAAUAACUCACGAGAUCACCAUACCGCUCAGUCAGCGCAUAUGCUUCCUUGUAAAAGAGUUGCCAUGAAAUUUCCCGUGGUCAAGUCUACUAAGGAGAACACGAUGGAGAAAAGCUCAGCUGCUGCUGCGGAGUCUAAGGCGCUUUACCUCAACGAUUCUCCAAAGAAAGAGCCAGUCCCCAUUAAAUCUCAGGAGGCUCCCCCUGGAGUAACGACUGAGACUGUGGCUUACAAGAGCAACGCCAGUACAGAUCACAACAAGGAAAACCGUACCAGCAGGGAGCAUGAUGGGACCCUGGAUGAAUGCUUUGAGGACAGUGGUUAUUUAUCUUUGCAAAACAGUCAAAUUGAUCAUCACGUAGAUGAAGAAGAGGACCGUACAGUUCAGACACACCAGCGAAAAACCGUUUCAUCAAAUAAUUCCCCUUCAAAGUGUCAGGGAAGAACUAGACCCAGCCUUCCAGGGUCUCUGGCAGUUUCCACACCAGUGGAUCACCAUAGAAAGACAGCAGCAGUUCUGUCAUCCACCCCCACCAACCAACACAUCUUGUCCAAUCUGCCCAUUUUAAAAUUCCAGCAGGCUGUUUGUGAAGAGCUUGCUAAGAGCUAUAAGAAGAAUAAGAGGUAUGACUGGAGUGUCAUCCCAAAGAUAGCAGAGGAGCAUCUUUUGGAUCGUGUAAUCGGAAGACAAAUUGGCCUUGAGUACAUAGAUAUUUUUGAAUCUCUGCUUUCCAGGAACAUGAAAAGCAUCCUGACCAACAUCCUAGCCCUGCUGGGAGACCUGGACCUCAUACGUUGUAAGACAGUGAGCAGAACGUGGAAGAAGAUCAUAUGUGAGGAUUCGGCAGCUAUGAGGAGGUGUCAGCAAGCUGAGCAGGCACUCAGGGAGUCAAGAAGCUCUCAGAGACAACUUGCUAGUGGUCUGACGAGAGACGUUGCGAUGUCCAGGGUGGUACUGUCCUGCUUGCAGACUCUGGCCUCCUCAAGCACCCCAACUUCCUCUCAAUCUUUAUCCAUGCAAAGCUGUGGGACCACGAGACGCACUGCUACCUCACAAAAGGGCAGUAUGCCCAACUCCGAGCGCACACGCUUCAGCGAAUUUGUGCAAGCUGCUAGCGGUCUGAAGCAGAACGAGUCCCUGCGCUCUUGCAGGCACUGUGGCUCGCCUGCGACCCAUUUGGCCGAGGUUCAGAGGGCCAAAUGCACUCGCGCCAGCUGUCUCUUUGACUUCUGCACCCGCUGUCGGGAGCCCUUCCACGGCUCCACCCCCUGCCGGACGAUAAAACAUCAUUCACACUUCACUACCUCUAAGGCGACCCCAGUCAUCCCGGGGAGCACUCGCAGCAAGAGAAGCAUCAGGCGCCUGUGAUAAAGGUUUAUUCCGUCUUUUAAUCAAGGACUCCUUUUAACUGAGAUGGACUUCUCUGCUGCUGGGGUGUUUCCAGGGGGCUCCACUUCAACCUCGGACUGCUUUCACACAAGCUCAGUGUGAGAAUGGCGUCAUUAAUGACUGCUGCCUGCCAAACUGAUCAAAUGAGAUGAGCACUUGAAGCACAGAACAAUCUACUCUGAACUGUUACCUAACAAUUUUUUUUGUUGCCUGUGAGCAAAAUUAUUUUAUUUUUUUUCUCAAAAAAGAAAGCUAUAAAAAGCGUUGAGCUUUAAAUUGUACUUUUUUUUUUUUUUUAGAUGUUUUUAAAAUUGAAUAGAUGUAAAUACAGUUUUGUUUAUGUUCUUUUAGACACAUUUUUAAUAAAUGUUGAUGGUAGCUGGUCUUGUUCAGAUUUCUUGCAUUUGUAUAAUCUGUACAUGUAAAUAGAUCUUUUCAUAAAAUCUA